UCAUGGGAAUAAUUUUACCACAAAAUUAUCCUUGUUUUCUAGACUGACUCCAACAGCAUUUUCUAAACCCUUAUCAUCUUUGCUAUGGGCAAAUACGUAAGUUUUAGCACCGUUGCAUUUUGCUUGAUUAUUAUUCUAAUCAAAGGACAAGAAUUACCUUGGUAUGAAGGAGAGGAUUUUUCGUUGAAUCAACUCCUUGAGGGAGACUACUUGCAAAGUAAUUUGAAAGAUGAGAAAAGAUUCAUACGGUCAAGUCAAAAAAAGGAUGACUCCAACUCUGCGCAUUCUAGUGAUGACGAUGACAACAGUUCCGACGACUUUAAAAAAAGUUCUGGAUCGAAUGACAUUGAAACAACUAUGAUAAUAGAUGAAAUUUGCAACAGCGAUGUCCUAGCAAAUAAUUCCAACAAAGUUUCGAUGACUGUAAGGGAAAAACUUUUUUGUCAGCUUCUAAAAAAGCUAUCGAAAUUGAAUACUGGGUCGCAAGUGAAAUCAAAAUCCGGUGGGGAUCAAUACCUUCCGGAGGAUUAUAAUAAGUUUGAGGCUCCAAAGGCAAAGUACAAUCUCACACUUCGGAACAAGAAAGUGAUCACGAUUGAAAAACCUGUUUCUUGUGAAGUUUUUCUAAAUGUGAGAGGAAUUGUGGACUUCAAUGAGGAGGAUGAGCUUGUGACUCUUGUGGGGAACGACUUUCCAAGUCAUAGUGAGAGGUGGAUUUGGCAAAAAUUGUAAUGCCCCUGCCGGGUUUCGACUACCGGACUUCCCGAUUACAUGUCAGGCGUGCUUACCAUUACACUACGAAGGCAUUGGCAAUUUCUACCCACAAUCCACCUUCUCUCUAUCCCACUUCGUAUUUAUUCUCUCACAGUUGUCCCGAGAAAUUUUUGGGUGGUCUCCACCCAGUACUAAUGAACGGAGAGAGAUAUGAUGUCACUCCUUCUCAUGAUGCGAACUGUGCGGCUUACACUGAGGAUGAGAUAGGCUUGACGUUUAAGGGGAGGAAUAUUUGGAGGGGGCUCUGUUGGCCUGAAUAGCCACACUAUUCUCGCGAAGUAACGAUGCUGAGAUAGCAUGUGUUAUUCUUGGGACGGGGGGGAAACGGGUGGGGAACCCCGUGUACUCGUUGGACAGCGAAUACAGAUCACUAUAGGAUACCAUGAUCGUUGCUCGUUGGACAGUGAAAGGGUUGAGAUCGAACAGCUGGUCUACCACAUGUGGGAUUUUCGGAGGAUUGCAUACGCGUUGAGAGCAAAAAUAA